CAAUCACCUACGAAUCAUUCAAAGAAAUCCGAAGUAUUAUCAUCGGAGAAGUUGGAAGAUGAGGAUAGUAGUGAUGAAGAGAACCGAAAAGAAAGCGAUGACGAUGAGGGAGAUUCAGAUUAUGAAAGAUGUAUGAGAUAUUUUGGUUUAUUUUGCGAAUGA